AUUGCACUGAAUAGCACCGGUCAGGCGCAGCACCCCGCACCCAGCCUGCACCGGGCUGUGUUACACUGCACUUGAAACGAUGACCCCCGAGGUGUCGCCCUGGUGGUUCCGGCUGGCGCGGCUGCUGGUGCUGCUGCACCUGCACAUGGCCGUGGUGGCGGCCGUCGACUACUGCCAGCUGCCGUCCUGCCCCGGCGGCUCGCACACGGCCUGCAAGUUCAAGCCGGGCUCCGGGCCGGCCGCCAAGUGCUCCAAGGACGCCAACGGGCUGAGCGCCUCCGAGAAGGACGACAUCCUCAACGAGCACAACAAGUUGCGGAGGCAGCUCGCCAACGGGGAGCUGGACGGCUUCGCGUCGGCCACGGACAUGGAGACCAUGAAGUGGGACUCGGAGCUCGAGCUGGUUGCCCAGACCUGGGCCGACCAGUGCGCCUACGGCCACGACCAGUGCAGGCACGUUGAGCGGUGGUCGGUAGGCCAAAACAUCGCCAUGACGGGCAGCAGCGCCGGCUUCCAGUCGGAGCUCCUCAAGAAGGUCAACAUGUGGUGGGACGAGUACAAGGAGUACUCGUACCACGACGGCACCUUCUACUUCGCCUCCGGCACGGGCCACUUCACGCAGAUGGCGUGGGCCAAGACCAACCUGCUCGGCUGCGGCCGCUCCAGCUACGUCGAGAACGGAUUCACCCAGGAGUACCUCGUCUGCAACUACGGGCCGGCGGGCAACGUGCAGGGCAUGAAAAUGUACACUGCCGGUGCUGCACUGCUGUCCUCGUCCCUCUCUUUUGUGGCGGCAGCAGCGGCAGCCUCCCUCCUCGCCAUGUGGUCUCUCCUGUAGCUGAUCCGUUCCCCUGAGCAAUGCGACGGCAUUAUUUAAAAAUGAAGUCACAAACUGAAAUCAAGU